AUGAAGAUACUUUUCCUUUUGACCAUUCCCAUAGCUAUAUAUUCAAUUUCCUGCUCAUUGUACUAUACAUGGUUACCAACAAACUUUCGUUUUGAUAAGAAUGUUCUUCAUCAAUUAGCACAAGACUCAAUCAAGCAACAUCCAAACAAUAUUACUGAAUUGAUGAUUGAUUUGGGUGGGAAAAUCAACCACGAGUACCCCGGUCUUGUCAAUGAGUUGAAUUUUAAUGAUUGGGUAUACAACAAUGCAGGUGGGGCUAUGGGGUCCAUGUUUAUUCUUCAUGCUUCAAUAACCGAAUACUUGAUCUUUUUCGGCACAGCAAUUGGAACAGAAGGUCAUACUGGAGUUCAUUUUUCGGAAGACUAUUUCAUGAUUCUUCAAGGUGAAGAGAGAGCAGCAUUACCAGGAAGAUUGGAGCCCGAGGUGUACAAGCCUGGUGACUGUCACCAUUUGGUUAGAGGUCAGGUCAAGCAAUACGCCAUGCCCGGUGAGUCUUGGGCUUUGGAGUAUGCACAAGGAUGGAUUCCAUCAAUGUUGUUCUUUGGAUUUUUGGACACAUUCACUUCAACUUUGGAUUUCCAUACCCUUUAUUUGACUUGCUACUUCACUGCACGAGAUAUGUUGAAGAAUUUAGUUAGAGGUAAAUUUUAA